AUGAACGACACGCACGCCUCAAGGGGCCUCCUAGGUGGUGACGGCAACUUAUUCGAAAGUAAUAGCGACCAGGCCUCAAAUGCAUCAACACAGCAUGUCACGAUGCGGGCAACGACUAAAACCGCCUCUCACGACUCUACCGAUACGUUAUUGAAAGUGCUAGCGGACGAGGACGAGCAUGAGAUCCAGUAUAAAACGUGUUCGUGGCUUCACACAACGGGGCUCCUGUUGUCGGAGUACAUUGUUUUGGCUAUCAUGUCUUUCCCGUGGUCUUACUCAGUUUUGGGCUUAGUGCCUGGAAUCAUUCUAACGCUUUUUGUGGCAGCUACGGUCCUUUACACAGGGCUGACGAUUGUGGACUACUGUGAAAAAUUCCCCCAUUUGACAAGCAUUUGUGAUAUUGGCCAACAUCUUUUCUGGGGCCAGAAGUGGGCGUGGUACGCCACGCUGUUCUGUUUCCUGGCUAACAACACUCUCAUUCAAGGUUUGCACGUUUUGGUCGGAGCCAAGUACCUUAACACCGUUACGAACCAUUCUUUGUGUACCGUGUAUUUCGGGAUCAUUGUUGCGUGCAUCUCGCUUGUUUUCUCUAUUCCACGGACCUUUUCGUCGCUGUCAAAAGUUGCGUACUUCUCCGCUGCCACCAUGUUUAUUGCUGUCAUUUUAGCCAUGAUUUUCGCAGGGAUUCAAGAUCACCCUGCUGGCUACGACGGCACACCAGUAACCUUCCGCGCGUUCCCCAAAGAGGGCACCACUUUUGUGGAUGGAAUGGGAGCAUUUCUGAACAUUGUCUACACGUUUGUGGGACAGAUUACUUACCCCCAGUUUAUUGCAGAAAUGAAAAGGCCAGCGGAAUUCAAAAAGGUGCUGUAUCUGGUUACUCUAUUGGAAGUCAUCAUCUUUACACUAGCAGGUGCGAUCAUUUAUGUCUAUGUUGGUAACGAAUACGUCACAGCACCUGCAUUUGGGUCUUUGACAAGAACCUUCAAGAUUAUCUCCUUCUCAUUUGCAGUGCCCACUUUGAUUUUUGCAGGUGCCCUGUACUCCAACGUAUCAGGCCGCUUACUGUUUUUCACCAUUUUCAAACGUUCGAAGCACUUGUAUUCUCAUACCGCUACUGGAUGGAUAGCCUGGGUUGGGAUCAUUCUAGUUACUUGGGUUCUUGCCUUUAUUAUUGCAGAGGUUGUUCCAUUUUUCUCGGAUCUGCUAUCGCUGAUGUCGUCGUUGUUCGACUGUUGGUUUGGGUUUGUGUUUUGGGGGUUGGCUUUCUUCAAACUCAAGGAAGAAAAGUACCGCACGCCAAAGUUUUACCACUUGUUGACUGCGACCGAGAAGUUUCACUUCUACAUUGCCAUAUUCCUGAUAGCCACUGGACUCUACAUUUUAGGGCCAGGUCUAUACUCGGCCAUUCAAAGUAUUAUUCUAAAUUACCAGGCAGAUGCAUAUGGAACUGUCUUCAGUUGUGCGUCCAACGGUAGUUAA